AUGGUAGCUAGUCGAAUUCCAUUGUAUAUAUUUCAUUGCUUCUCCUUUGAUAUAGCACCAGCAUCAUUUGCACAAGCUCGUAUCUGGCUUGACGAACGAAUUCGAUUCGAUCCAGAAAAACCGCAAGUAGCAAUUUAUAAUAUGCCUUUUGUUUAUCAUCUGCAACCAGGUUACACUUUAUCCAUUAAACAACUUCGUCAUGCUCUUCAUCUCACUGUUAACAAGCAUCCAUCACUUCAUACAUCACUUCAUUUUGAUAUUGAAAAGAAUCUACUUAUGCAGCGAGUUAUUACUCAUGAAGAUAAAAAUAAUAUGUUUUCAGUCAUCGAAUCCACUUAUGAAACAGAUGAACAACUUAAUAAGAUAUUACACGAUGAGAAAAGUAGUCCUCAACUUUUUGAUCUUGCUCAAGGUUUUGUCUUUCGAUGUCAUAUUAUUUAUUAUAAACAAAUCUCUCCAAAUAAUCUUCUUUCUCACAAAGAUCUACUUAUUUUCAACUUUCAUCAUGCUUUAUUUGACUUUCCAUCAAUGAAAGUAUUUCAUUAUGAUCUUAAUCAAGCAUAUACAGCAGGUCAAUUAUUAUAUGAUGACAGUACUAAUCUCCGUUAUCUCGAUUAUGCUGUAAUAGAACAACAAAUGUCAAUGACUGGUGCAAGUAUGUUUUGGCUUGAUACUCUUCAUGAUUGUAAACUUGAUCAGCCUUUAUCAUUACCAUAUGAUCGAUAUCGCCUCUCAAAUGAACAUCGAACUGGUCGUGGAACAUCUGUUUCAUUUGAUUUUGGUCAAGAUCUCUCACAUGACUUUCUUCUUCAUGCAUCAUCUAAUGAUAUAUCAGUAGAACAACUAGCACUUGCUACUUAUUAUGUGUUUUUAUUUAAAUUAACGAAUGGAGAAAAAGAUUUAUGUAUUGGAAUAAACACACAUGGUCGAUAUAGAGAUGAACUUUGCUCUAUUAUUGGAAUGUUUGUGAAUGCUAUACCUUUGCGAUGUCAACUCGAUCCUCGCUUAUCAUUUCAUAAACUUACUAAACACGUUCAAGAUAACAUAAUAAAUUGUAUUAAAUAUUCAUAUUUUCCACUUCAACGUAUUCUCAAUCAACAUGCUAAUAUAUCAAAUCCUGUAUUUCUUGAUACAUCAUUUGAUUUUAUAUCAUCUACGACAAAAGAUGAGAAGAAUCAAAUAAUGAUUGGAGAUAGUCGACUUUCUUUACUACCUUAUUCAAUUAAGAUUAGUAAAGAUGAAAUAAUGAGUAAAUUUGAUUUUAUUCUUAGUUUUCAACAUGAUCUAAAUCUAAAUGAAUUCUCAUGCACCAUUAACGCUUCACUUGAUUUGUUUAAUGUUGAAACAGUUUGUAUAAUUGCACAAAGAUUACAGACAAUGUUACAUCAACAAUUCAUAUCUUUCGAUAGUAAAACACACAAACCUAUUCAUGAAUUAUCAUUAACAUUAUCAAAUGAACAAUAUUUGAUGCAAUCAUUGAAUAAUACACAAAUAUCAUUUCCAUCUUCUCCUCUCACUUGUAUUCAUCAUGAGUUUGUAUAUCAAGUAAUGAAACAUCCACAAAAACUAGCUGUUGAAUUGGAUGAACAAUCAUUGACAUAUUGUGAACUUCUAUAUUAUGUACAAAUAUUAUCUUCCACUCUUCUUGAUGAAUAUCAUGUGGGUCCAGGUGAGGUUGUAUGUCAAUGUGUUGAGCGAAGUGUAUCUAUGGUAAUUGGUAUUAUGGGCAUUGAAAUGGUUGGUGGUGUUUAUUGUCCAUUGUCACCUCGAGAUCCACAGCAUCGUUUGCAUGCUCUUGUAAAGCAAACACAAAGUCGUCUUGUUCUUGUUCAUCAUUUAACUAAGACCAAACUCGAUCAUAAGAUUGUAUCACUUAAUACCGAUUCAGUAUUGAUUGUUAAUAAUAUUGAAAGUAAUAUUAAUAUUGAUCAACUAUCAAACAUAAAAGUUACAUUCGAUGAUGUAGCUUAUAUCAUUUUCACAAGUGGCUCAACUGGAUUACCUAAAGCGGUUCAAGUACGACACAAGAAUUUUACUGAAUUCAUGUGUUCGUUAGUUUAUGGUGAUGUAUUGAAUGAAAGGGAUACAAUUCUUCAAAUGGCACGUUGUUCUUUUGAUGUUCAUGUUCAAGAUAUAAUGGGCAGUUUUAUGAUUGGAAGUAGUCUAACUAUGCAGCAUCCAAGAGGAAUCAUGGACUUUGACUAUCUUGCUGGUGUUUUCAAAGAAAAGAAUAUUACUUGUGUUACUACUGUUCCAACUAUAAUUCAUAAUUUCUUCACUUUUCUACAACAACGAAAUCGUCAUAAUGUUGCACAAUGUCUGCGAUCAGUUUGUAGUGGUGGUGAGCCUUGUUCUACACAACUAAUAAAUUUAAUGUCAAAUACUGUAACGCACACUUGUCGACUAUGGAACAUGUAUGGUCCAGCUGAAACAACAAUUGAUUGCACGUUCCACGUAUUCGAUAACACAAUGGAAACUGAAAGUGUUCCAAUAGGCCGACCGCUUUCAAAAUAUCAAAAUCUAAUUCUAGAUCAAUUCUCACAAAGCGUGUUCAUCAAUCAAGAAGGUGAACUGUUUGUAGGAGGUGUUGGUGUCUUUGCUGGUUAUCAUGGACGUGAUGAUUUGACACAGAGAGCACUCAUUGAAAUAGAUGAUCAAGUAUUUUAUCAAACCGGUGAUCUUGUUAGAAUGGAUAACAAUGGUCUUCUUCAUUAUCAAGGAAGAAAAGAUCAUCAAGUGAAAUUACAUGGACAACGAAUUGAACUUGGUGAAAUCGAACGAAAUCUACUGAACAUUGCAUCUAUUUCUGCUUGUGUUGUCAUAAAAUGGAAUGAUGAUUAUUUAGUUGCUUAUGUUCAAAGUUCUGAUAUUAAUGAACAGGAAUUGCGUGAACAUUGUCAGUCUCAUCUUCCACCACAUAUGAUACCAUCAAUAUUUAUCAUACUUGAAAAAUUACCUUUGAAUCAAAAUGGAAAAGUAGAUCGAAAACAACUUCCUUCACCCGAUUUUUCUUCAUCAAUUUUGUUAUCGUCCGAUAAAUCUGAUACUCCUCUUAAUGAGCUCGAAAAAAGUAUACAUACUAUUUGGUGUCAAGUUCUUCACUCUGAUGACAAUCACAUCUCUAAAACUACCAGCUUUUUCAAUGUUGGUGGUCACUCACUGUUAUUGAUUCAACUUUAUCAUCGUUAUCAAUCAGUAUUUAACUUUGAUGCUCAUUCACUCUCAAUUGGUCUCUUUCUUCAGCAACCAACUAUUCGACAACAUGCACAAUUACUUCAAACACUUCCAUCCAACGAUACGCAGACAAAACGGUGGCAUACACUACAUAUCAAUCAAGUUGCUUAUGUUCAAAGUUCUGGUAUUGAUGAAAAAGUAUUAGGUGAAUACUAUCCAAAACCAGAAAAACUUGUAAAAUCCGGAAAUCUUUCCAGGAAUUUGGAAAAUUCCGGACGUCGGAAAUCCGGUAGAAAUGACCACGCUGCAUUAAAUGCAAAUGGAAAAAUAAAUCGAAAACUUCUUCCUCCACCUAGUUUUUCAUCGUUAACUGAUAAUACUGAUGGUAAUGUUCCUCAUACUAUUCUAGAGCAGCAAUUACAAGAUAUAUUUAGUCAAGUGUUUCAUAUUCAGUCGCCUCAUAUUGAGAUUCCUUUUAGCCGACUUGGUGGAAUAUCGUUAGAUGCAAUACGUGCACUUACAUUAAUACGACAACAGGUGUAUACUAAUAUUGAGAUUAGAAUUUUAUUUACUAAUCCAUCUAUUCGACAAUUAGUACAUGCUACUGAGCCUUUAUCGAUUCCGAAUCGAUUACAAAAGACAGUGUUCAUAGUCAAUCAAUCUCAUGAAACACAUGUUCGUCUGACACCUUCGUUUGUUAUAGAAUCUGUAGAUCGACUAUGGAAUAAUAAUACAUUUUGGUGGCAGCAUUUACUUGGCACACCACUCUACAACUAUUACCUUCGCCUUUGUGGUGCACGGAUUAGUAUCAACGCACAUAUUUAUACCACAACUAUCGAUGCUCCAUGGUUGUUAGAAAUUGGUGAUGGAAGUUGGAUUGCUAAUGAAACCUAUUUGACUACUGAUUUAUAUAUGGACUUUGAUUUUGAACAAGCGCUUAAUUUCGCUGAAAAUAAACGUUCAAGAAGAGUACAACAGCGUAAUGAAAAUAACAAAAAAAAACGUCGAGCGUAUUAUGAACCAUCAUCAGUUGAUAGCUUAUCAUCUAAUGUAACUGAUGAAUUAUUAAAUGUUGUUGAAUCGCUUACAAUUGAUAUGAAUACAAACUCAAAACUAAAGUAUGAAACCGCAAAUAAUUAUUCAUUAAAUAUUUUAUCUGAAAAUGAUGCUCGUGAUCAAGAUAAUAUAAUCAAUCCUGAAGAAAUUCAGAACCACAUUAUGAAUUCUGCUGAAAUCUUUGAAAAUUCAUUUAAUGAUUUAGAAUCAUGUAAUAAUACACCGAUCGAUAAUGUUAUAUUACAUUGCUAUACUAAUAUGUCAAGAGAAGAUUUUUGUUCAACGUUAUUAAGUAUAAUUAGAGAUGCUCGUAUCUCUAAAUCACAUGCUAAUCGUUUGUUAUCUUUCAUUCAUUCUACACUUCCGAUACCGAAUGCUGUGCCAAAACGAAUAGAAGAAAUUUUAGAAAUCUUACAAAUCGAAAAUUAUCUUCUGAAAAAAUAUAUCUUAUGUACAAUUUGUAACAAUGUUUUAUCUUUUUCCGAUAUUUCUUGUUCAAAAUGUUUAUGUUCUGAUCAUAAAUGUUUCGCUGCAAUUUAUGAUAUGAAUGUGGAACAAUUGAUUAAAAAUAUUUAUAUUCGUUUAAAAACGGACAUUGAUGAAUAUCGUGAACAUUUUCGGCGAAUGAACGAUAGAGAUGGAACAAAUGAUAUUGGUUUUAAUAAAAUUUAUCAACAGCUAUUGAAAAAUAAUAUGAACAACAAUUUUAUAACAUUUUUACUUUAUCUAGAUGGAAUAAGUCUUUCGAAAUCUUCUAAAUUGAAAAUGUGGCUUCUGAGUGGAUCUAUAAUAGAACUACGGCCACAACUGAGAAAUCGCCGGUACAAUAUGGUACUAUUUUCUUUAUGGUUUAGUUAUACUGAACCAGAUGCACAAAUUUGGUUAAUAAAUUGUAUCAUAAUAAAUCAUCAUCAUCGUAUAGAUAUUAAAUUUUUAUCUAUUACCGGUGAUAGUCCAGCUCUAAGAAAUAUUCUUAACUUUAUUGGACAUGGAGGUUACUUUUGUUGUAAUUUUUGUUAUACUCGUGGUGAACAUACUGGAAACAAAAGACAAUACUUCUAUGAAAAAAAACCUGUUCUUCGUCAUAGCUCAACAUAUGAAAAAGAAUCACUAGAAGCUGAAAAAACUAAAGGAAAUAUUCAUGGACAUAAAGGUGAAUUAGUAUUUUGA